GCAACCCAUUUUCCUUGUUUUGUUUUUUUUAUAGAAUAAACAACACAAUGAAGAAGUUUCAACAGAGGGCUUAUAAGCGUAGAUGGGCUGCCACAACUAGGCAUUUGAAGAAGCAAUGCCGACAGUCAACUUUAGAAUUAGAGAGUGAUGAUAGCGAGCAAGAGAAUGACACGACAAUCUUUACAACUCCAGAAACAGUGACAACCCUUCAGUACAUGGAUGCUGCGGAGACUGCUUACUGCACUGCCGCGGGUGCUGACAAUGCCACCUACAGUGGCCCUGAUAGUGAUGAGCCUGAUGAAAAUGAUGCUGAUUGGAGACUAAUCGACCAUCAUGUCACCUUGUCAUCUGAUUCAGAAAAUGAGAGUGAUAGUGACUGCUUUGAAGAUAUUUUGAGGUCUGGAUUAUUUUAUCUUCAGAAUAGCUUCUGCUAUUGGCCAAAGCCAAAUCCUACCCACUCCAGAAUCCGGAGAGCUGAGAUUCCUGACAAAGAAGUCUGGGAUAGGCUGCCAAUUCGGGUUUUCAGGAAAACAUUGACUGAAGACUUUGACAAGGCCCUUCAAUAUGAAAAACAAGCUGAAAUGUUUUCGAGCCCAGAGGAAGAAGAAAUGUCAACCAAAUGGAGCCACAUCACCCCUGAACGUUAUAGAAACGAUGAGGAAGAUGUGUUUGAUGCUGACGGCGAAGAGGAAAUUCGGCCAAAAAAGAAGUGCAGAAAAGAGAAAUUACAGAUCCUCAUCCAGGCACCCCCACUGCCAGUGCUCCCACCAUUGAACUUUCCAAACUCCAGCGAGUACCAGACCACUUCAGCCAGUACCAGCCAAUACUACACCACUCCAAGGCAUCCAGUCCAGACAAGGAAUCAUGCAUCCAGCUCAAGCCAGUACCAAACCACUCCAGCCAGUACGAGUCAGUACCAGACCACUCCAAGAAGCAGCAGGAAUGCCCUUGAAAGUGAACUUUUCCAGUUAAACAUGAAAGUUAAAAAAAUAGUUGAGAACCAGGGAGAAAUUAUGCGCAUGCUGAGAGGGCUGGCAGCACAGUCUGUGGGGCCAGAAGCUGUGGAUGUUCAAGAUCUCAUUGAGAAGCCUUUCGAGACUCUUGAGCAGCUUAAGACCUUCUGUGAACAGCUCGACACUGAUCUUCUGCUCAGAAAGCAGCUGGUGAAAGCUCUUACUGCUCUUGGUGGGCAGAAUUUGGCAGACACGGUGAGGACAAUGCUGAGGAAAAUUGCCACAAACAAAGUCCUGGAGCAGCUUGGUCUCCGUGGAAAGACAGGCAAAGUGGCGUUUGAGGACUUGCCCUUUUACAGAAUAAUAAUAAGUAAGUGUUAA